AACAGAGGGCGCUAUUUCACCAUACACUGAGAUGGAAAUGUUGAACACUUCAUAGCCAGUAGUCAUUUUAUUCUUUGAACAGUAAGAACAAAGUUAAAAAUGGGUUUAGAAGCAACGUUACAAUAUUUAGGGAGAUUUGGAAAAUAUCAAAUUGUAACCUAUAUUAUGAUAGCAGUAUGUAUGAACUUCCCAACUGCUUGGCAAUUAUACGGCAUAACAUUUGAAGGUCCAAGCUUUCCUAUGCCCUAUGGGUGUGACGUAAAGGAACAUGUUGGUCUACCGAACGGCGACGACCCUUGUUCAUAUCAUCCCUUUGUUAUGAAAGGGAACCAGCAACACCCAGAUUGGGAGAAAUACAAGAACCAAACAUUAAAUGGUGUCCAUCAUUACUACGAUGGCAGCAAACAGAUUGGAUGCGAAAAAUAUAAAUAUUUUCCGAAACCGAUUUAUAAAUUUCCUGAAGUGGAUGGUACCAUUCAACAAGAAUUUGAUAUUGUUUGCGAUAAGAUAAAUUGGAUUACAUGGUCUCAAGUUAUUUUUACUGGUGGUUCUCUUGUCGGUGCGGCAUUAUGUCCACCAUUUGGUGAUUAUUUAGGAAGGAGGAGCAUAUUUUUUAUAUGUCAAUUAUUAAUGUGUAUAUUUGGAAUUGGAAUGGCUUUUAGUCCUAAUUUGGCUUCUUUUUGUGUUUUUCAAUUUCUAACUGGAGCUUUUGCUAUGGGUAACGAUUUAUGUGGAUUCGUCAUUGCAUGCGAGCUCUUCCCGAAAGAUAUGAGAUCAUUCGUUUCUCCUUUGAUCUAUGCAUUUUUUGCUAUUGGUUCAGCAUUACUACCGCUAUGGUCUAUAAUAUUUCCCAAAUGGAAUCACUUACAAUUGUUUAUCUCUGUAAUCUCUCUAAUAACAUUAGCCUACUGGCCCUUCUGCCCCGAAAGCUGGAGGUGGCUAUUAAGUAAAGGACGAAAGAAGGAAGCAGAAGAUUGUUUAAAUCUCGCUGCUAUAUAUAACGGAAUAGAUCGAAUAGAUCCAGCUAUACUUCACGAUGGAGCCGAUGAGGAAGAAAACGUUGUUGUCAACGAGAAUGACAAUUUCUUCACUUACAUGUCGAAACCAAAAUUGCUUAUGUACGCACUAGCUAUGGCUUUUAUUAUGGGAAGUUCUAAUUUAGUCUACUUCGGCUUGGGCCUUAUGGUUGCUACCUUAUCGGGAGACUUUUACGUAAAUUUUGCCUGUCUUGCAUUGGUAGAGAUUAUUGGCGUUAUCUUGGCUGUUUUAAUCGUCAGCUUUGCUGGAAGAAGAUAUCCUAUAUCGGGCUUCUUUCUUUGGGCUGCAGUCUUCUUGUUCCUAGCCGUUAUAUUUGACCGGGCUCCGUCAAUCGAUGAACACGUAGAUAAAGACCUGAAAGGAAAACUAAUUACGUCAUUUGUUGUUAUUAGUAAAAUAGGAGUAACAGCAGCUUAUUGUGUUAUUCUGGUAUAUAUUCAGGAAAUAUAUCCUACUUUUAUGAGAGCUUCCGGAAUAGGUUUCACAGCUGGUUUGGGCAAUAUUGGAACAGUUAUGGCUCCCAUCGCCAUUCUUAGCUCAAAACUUGAAUUUGAUAAGUUUUACAUACCUAUCAUUGUCUUUGGCUGCGUAUCAUUUAUGGCCGCUUUAGCUACUCUACUUCUACCGGAGACUUUAGGAAGGGUAUUGCCAACUACUAUUAAUGAAGUAUUACAUAUGCCCCAUACCCUUACUGCUGAAGAAUGGACUGAAGCAAGACGGCAAGCUUGUAAUAUUUUCUUUUUCUGGCAAUCCAACAAAUUUGCACAAGCAGAACAGAAUGGUGAAUCAAAUCAAGAAGGAAGUUCAUAUUCUGUCAACAACACUAAACAAAACGAUAAACCACAAGAAUUCGCCGAUAAAAAUGGAAAUGGUAGAGAUAAUCCAGCAUACACAGGAGAUAAAGGAGGAGUAACGAAUACUGUUAUCAGAAUAUAGACAUUGUUAUUCUCUAUUUGUUAGUUCUAUAUCAAAAUUAGUUGAAGAUCUUGGGGAGAGUAUUUUUUUAACACGAAAAUAGCUUGGAGUGCUAAUAAAAUACACUCACAAACACACACACACAUAUAUAUAAAAUGUAUAUAUAUAUAUACAGUAUAUAUAAAUUUAUAGGCAUGUAUUUGAUGCAUAUAUACAGUAUAUAUAGAAUUUAUAACUAAAUUAUAAUAUAUCAUGUUUAGUUGUAAUCUAUACUUUUAUCCAUAAUAUUGUUUUUGUGGUCAUUUUUAUUUUUUAACAUUAAAUUAUCAUUUAUUAAGAACUCUGUAUGUCGCCUUCUCCGUCAUAUAUUCAAUGUAUAAUAAAGUAUAUAUUCCCAUUUUUAACAUAUAAUAUACUUGCUACUUUAAUAA